UGAAAUGAUUAAAAAAAAGGAAAAAAAAGGAAAAAAAGAAAAAAAGGAAGAAAAGAAAUUUGUAUGGCGAAGGGAAGGGAUGAUGGAAGAGAGGGUUCCUAGAACCAUCGUCGCCGUCAGAAAUGGCCCGACACUUGCCCUUCUGACUCUUAAAUACCCUAAAAUAUUCCCAAUCCGUGUUCAUAUUUCACCAAAAUUUCCACCGAUUUCUUUCAAAUCUUUUCUGGGUUUUCCAUUUCUCAUCUUCCUCUUCCAACCCUUUCAAUUUUAUGGAUAAUCUCCUCGACGAUUUUCCCAAUUCUUGGAGUAAUAAUUAUCCCUUCCAUCCCUAUCUUUCUAAUUCUCUGUUUAAAGUCAAUCGUGAUGCCGUCGAUCCCCUUCAGAUUCCGGCUAAAUCACAUCAACACCAACUCCAACACCACCAACUUACUAACAAUUCCUCCUCCUCCCCCUCUUCCUCUAGCUCCGAAGGAGAUUCUCCCGAUAGUCAUGACACCUCUAACACCAUGCUCAAAUACAUCACCGAGAUGUUGAUGGAUGAAGCUGAAGAUCUCAAAACACAGCCCUGUAUGCUUCUUGACUGUUUGGCUCUUCAAGCUGCUGAGAAAUCUUUUUAUGAUGUUCUUGGUCAGAAGUAUCCCCCCUCUCCAACCGCUGAUUCUUCUAGCUGUGAUAGAGCUUUAGGAGGUGAAGAUGAAUCUGAAUCUUUUAAUGGUAACUCUAACUCCUCUCUUUUUCACCCUUUUCAAAACUCUGUUUUAAGUCAAGAUUCGUUUCUUGGGAUGCAAUUUCUUGGCCAUUUUAGACAAGGAGCUGAGGAAGCUAGUAAGUUUCUUCCUGUUAAUGGAAGAUUUGGAACCAUUGCCUUGGAUAAUGAUUCUUCUAGUUCUACCUCUUUUCCUUCUAGGCCAGUUGAUUUUUCUUGGGUUGCUGCUGAGAAUGAUGGUAGAUCCACCCUUGAAAAUGGGUUGUUAAGAGAGAAGAAAAACCGUUUGAGGGAAGAUAGUGAUGAGGAGUUGAGAAGUAGUAAACAAUCUGCUAAUUUUGUUGAUGAUAAUUCACUGUCUGACUUGUUUGAUGAGGUUCUUCUUUGUCGUGGCGAGAGUCGGCAGUCUCCGCCGUCGUGUGGUUCCGAUGAAUCCUCCGAGAGCGAAGCCAAUAAGAAAUCGAGAGGGAGAGGGAAAAGGAAAGGGAAGAAAAGUAGUCGUUCUAGGAAGCAAGAGAACAGUGUGGAAGUUGUGGAUUUGUGGACAUUGUUAACUCAAUGUGCUCAAGCUGUUUCAAAUUAUGAUCAAAGAACUGCCAAUGAACUGCUCAAUCAAAUCAGGCAGCAUUCUAAUCCAUCUGGGGAUGGUAAUCAAAGAUUAGCUCAUUACUUUGCUAAGGGUCUCGAGACUCGUCUUGCCGCUGGUACGCCUCUAUAUUUGCCCUUUGCAAGUAAUGAAACCUCUGCUGCUGAGAUCUUGAAAGCUUAUCAGAUGUUCAUCAAGGCGUGCCCGUUUCGGCGGAUGUCAUAUUUCUAUGGCAAUAGAACAAUUCUGAAGUUAGCCGAGAAAGUAACAACAUUGCAUAUUGUUGAUUUUGGGCUUUUGUAUGGUCUCCAAUGGCCCUGCUUGAUUCAAAGGCUUUCGCGUAGACCUGGUGGACCUCCGAAGCUUCGGAUAACAGGGAUCGAGCUUCCCCAGCCAGGAUUCCGCCCUGCUGAACGUGUUGAGCAGACGGGUCGUCGACUUGCACAUUACUGCAAGAGAUUCAAUGUCCCAUUUGAACACAAGGUCUUGGCACAAAAAUGGGAAACGGUUCGAUAUGAGGAUCUGAAUGUUGAUAGAGAUGAACUGACUAUUGUAACUUGUAUGUUCCGAAUGAAGAACGUACCGGACGAAACAGUAGUCGCAAACAGCCCGAGAGACAGGGUUCUAAAGUUGAUCAGGAAAAUCAAUCCAGAUCUCUUCAUUCACGAAGUCACCAAUGGUUCAUUCAACACUCCAUUUUUCAACACAAGGUUUAAAGAGGCACUCUUUUACUACUCGUCGUUGUUCGACAUGUACGAAGCAACAGUGCCUCGAGACAAUCCCCAGAGGUUUCUGUGUGAGAAGGAAAUCCUAGGAAGAGACAUCAUGAAUGUGAUAGCGUGCGAGGGGCUUGAGAGAGUGGAAAGGCCAGAGACAUACAAGCAAUGGCAAGUGAGGAACACAAGGGCCGGGUUCAAGCAAGUACCACUAGACCAAGAUUUGCUCAAGUGUGUGGAGAAGAUAGUGAACACAGAAUACCAUCAGGACUUCAAUAUCGAUCAAGACGGGUCGUGGAUGUUGCAAGGGUGGAAAGGACGGAUUAUCGACGCAUUAUCAUGUUGGGUUGUUGCCUAAGAAGCCAAGGGGGGGGGGGGGGGGGGGGGGGGGGGGGGGGGGGGGGAGGGGAUUCUAUAGCUAAUAGAAAACUUAGGAAGGUCUUAUUAUAUUUAUUAUCCAUUUUGAUAAAAUCCUUUUUUGAAGUUUUUUGUUUGCUAGUUAUGUAUGUAGCUUGAUUGUUGGAAUUUUGUACAUAAAAUUUGGAAAUUAAAUCCUUUUAUUUAUUGUGUUUUGA